AUGAGAAUCCACCUGCGGUGUUAUUGCAUCGUUCGAUCAUUUGGGUCAAGUAAAGAAGCCAUCUUUAUUACAGUUUGGGAUGUGCUUUCUCGAUGUGAUAUCUCCUCCUUCGUCAAUCUUUUAACCAUCUUCGUCGCCUAAUGCCCAGAAUAAGUUUGUAUCAGAAUCCAUCGCCAUGAAGCGAAACUAUAAGAUUGUAGGUUUUGAGGUAUCGUCUUGUAUCGAGACUUCAAUUCCUCAAGGGUGA